AUGGCCGUGCCCAUCGCGGUGCUGGACUGCGACCUGCUGCUGUACGGCCGCGGGCACCGCACGCUGGACAGGUUCAAGCUGGAGGAUGUCACGGACGAGUACCUGGUGUCCACGUACGGCUUUCCCCGACAGUUCAUCUACUACCUGGUGGAGCUGCUGGGAGCCAGCCUCUCGCGCCCCACGCAGCGCUCCAGGGCCAUCAGCCCGGAGACGCAGAUCCUUGCCGCGCUGGGUUUCUACACCUCCGGCUCCUUCCAGACCCGCAUGGGGGACGCCAUUGGCAUCAGCCAAGCCUCCAUGAGCCGCUGCGUUGCCAACGUCACCGAGGCGCUGGUGGAAAGAGCCUCGCAGUUUAUUCGCUUUCCUGAGGAUGAAGCCACGGUGCAGAGCCUGAAGGAUGACUUCUACGGGCUGGCGGGCAUGCCGGGGGUGCUGGGGGUGGUUGACUGCACCCACGUGCCGAUCAAAGCGCCGAACGCCGAGGACCUGUCCUACGUGAACCGAAAGGGCCUCCACUCCCUGAACUGCCUGAUGGUGUGCGACGCCAGAGGAGUCCUGCUGAGUGCAGAAACGCACUGGCCAGGCAGCCUGCCUGACUGCACCGUGUUACAGCAGGCAGCCCUUACAAGCCAGUUCGAAAAUGAGCUACAUAAAGAUGGCUGGCUACUUGGUGACAGCUCCUUCUUUCUCCGAACCUGGCUGAUGACCCCUCUGCACAUCCCCGAGACACCCGCGGAAUAUCGCUACAACAUGGCGCACUCCGCCACCCACAACGUCAUUGAGCGGACGUUCAGAACCAUUCGAUCGCGCUUCCGCUGCCUGGAUGGGUCCAAAGGCACCCUGCAGUAUUCCCCAGAGAAAUCCAGCCACAUCAUUCUGGCCUGCUGCGUGCUUCAUAACAUCUCUCUGGAACACGGGCUGGACGUGUGGUCCUCCCCGGCCACAGGACACGUGGAGCAGCCCGAAGAGGAGUAUGAGCAGAUGGAAUCAAUGGACUCGGAAGCCUGUCGUAUUCGUCAGGAGCUUCUGCUUACUCACUUUAGCUAGUGUUGUGACAGCAGGAAGGCUUUAACGGUUCAUCUGAGAAGAUACAGAGAGCAGCUGUGUCCCUCUUCUUAAGUUUGUAAUGACUAUGCGGGUGUGGGACGAGGAGAAAUUUUAUUCACUUCAUUUCAGGGGGUAUUAUGAGCUUCUCUUGAUCUCCUCAUAGGUGUCAUUUAAUUGCUAAACUUUUACUGUUAUUGAUGCUUAUAGACUCCCCUUUCACCUGAUAUAGGGAACAAUGACUGUAAUGUGAGAUCAGUGGAGAAACUCGGGACGUUGUCUUUGAUAACAAUGGAAAAUCUGUAAGCGUUGCACUAUUUUACAAAGCAACAAUUCUAUGCCUCUUUGUAACCCAAAUCACAGUUGAUUUUGAAACAGCAUUUCACACAAAUUAAACUUCCGUGUGGA